GGGGUGCUGUGCUUGUCAAAUAAACAGGUUCUUUCCACCCCUCUCCGAGGAAUUCUUCCCAAACAUAUUGGGGGAGGGGCCGUGUGGGUUUGCUUUUGGAGAAGCCCUUUUUGGGGAUUCUCUCCCAAAUUUGCCCUAAACCAGGACAAUUGUGGCGCCCAGAGUGUGGGGCUCGAGAAAGAGUGGAGAAACCUUGUUUUGAGUGCAUUUUGGUUACCAUUAUUCUGUUUCAUUAUAAAGCAGUUAAUAGACAUGCUUUUUGAAUUCAUAAUGUCUAUUGGGGUGAAGGCUUGCAUGCAUUUCUGGUCCCUAAGGUUUUUUGAAAUCUUAAUACCUCUAUGGUCCCUUGGUUUGUUUUCUUAUCCAGAAAUAGCUCUUGUAUUGUCCCUAAUAUGUAGCUUUUACAGCAGAGGGGCAGUGACCAGAAUAGCUAUCCUGCUGGGCUUGGUGGUAAUAGCUUGCAAGAAGUUUAUAAACGUGCUGGGGUCUGCUCCAGGUGUGAAUGGUUCAUGGCUAUGUUUAUGCAUCCAGCUUGUUAGAGGAAGAGCAGGGGGUGAGGCUUUUCAGCCUUUGCUUUCCUUCUUCUCCUCUGAAUCUGUUGCAUCACUAUUGGAGAACGUUCAGUUUCCCCUGAAUGUUAAAGAGACCAUCUUUCUGGUACUCAAUCUGGUAAGCUUGCUCUAUAUAGCGUGCUGCAUCUCUAGAAUGAGGGCUGAGAUUUCUAGACGGGCUGAUGAGAUCCCUGACUCAGGAAUAGACCCAGGUGUGGAAAAUCCUAAGUGGUGUGGGAAAUGGGAGAAUAUGGGCCAAAUCCUGAAGGAAUUCUCUGACCCUAUAGUCUGGGACUUUCCCCAUGAACAAAUUCAGAACCAAGUUGAGGUGGGGAGAUAUCUGAAAGAGAAGUACCAGGAUGACCCUAAAAAGACAAAGAUCAUUGCAGUGAGCUGGGCCUUGGCAUAUGCUUAUCGCACGUUGCUAGAUACGGUUGGCCAGCAGACAGAGGCAGGGGGGCAGGGAGACAAAGCAGCCAAGCUAGAUAGUGAGCCUAAGCCAGCAGAUAAACCAAUGGCUGUUGCUACCAGCACUAGAUGCGGGAAAUGCACAGGCAAGACCAAUCAGCCAGUGGAUGAUGAUGAUGAUGAUGAUGAUGCAGGAGAAGGACCCUCAGCGCCUCCUGAUGUAAAAUCAGAAGUCAAAGCAGCAGGUGCCAGAUCAGAAGCCAAUAUGGAGUCCUUUUCCCUGAAGGACCUCCAUGGCCUAAGGAAGGAUUACACCCGGCGACCUGAUGAAUCCAUAAUUAGUUGGCUAGUCCGUCUCUGGGAUGCUGCAGGUGAGGCCACAAUUCUGGAUGGCACUGAAGCCAGGCAUUUGGGUCCCUGUCACAUGAUCCUGUUAUCGACCAAGGAAUGAUGAGGGGGGUUAAUCCUCACAGCCUCUGGGCACGGGUCUUGGACAGUAUAGCACAAAGAUACCUGCGUGCAGAUGAUCUUUAUAUGCAGCAGACCCAGCGGAAGACUAUAGAGCAAGGGAUCCAACGCUUGAGAGAAAUGGCAGUGGCACAGAUUAUCUUCUCAAAUGACAUAACAACUAGGAACCCAGACUUGGUACUAUGCACAUCUGUGAUGUGGCGGAAACUUGUACGACUUGGGCCACAAGAAUAUGCUUCUGCCUUAGCCAUAAUGAAGCGGGAUGAGGGGGAUGAGACCAUGCUGGAUAUGGCGAAGAAGCUCCGAGCAUAUGCAGACGCUGUGCAUGGCCCAACACAUGCCAGGAUCGCAGCAGUGGAAACACGUCUGCAGAAGUUAGAGGAUAAGAUAGAGGAGAAUCACAAGAAGCUCAGAGAGGAGAUUAAGGUAGACCUUCUCCAAAUCUCAGCAGUACAGAUCAGAGGUCCUAGUGCCCAAUACAGAUGUUUCCCAGAUGGAGAGAGAAGGUACACCCCACGAGCUGAGCUGUGGUUCUUCCUGCGUGAUAGUGGAGAGAACAUGAGGAGAUGGGAUGGGAAAUCUACUGCUGCUCUGGCACGACGGGUACGUGAAUUGAAGGAAGGCAGGACUCAGAGAGGGAGUUCCACCAAGAGGGAAGCAGCUCCAGUUGCCCGUAGCUGAACUGCCAGAUACGAUGAUGAUAUGUCUGAUCCCCUUGAAGGAACAUCCAAGACAUACGCCCAGGGAAAGAAGGAUGACCAGGCUUAGAGGGGCCCUGCCUCUAGCCAGGUAGAGGCUAGGGAAAAUCGUGUUUUUUGGACUGUGUGGAUUCGUUGGCCUGGCACAUCUGAACCACAAGAAUACGAAGCUUUGUUUGACACUGGUGUGCAGUGCACAUUAAUCCCAUCGAGACAUGUGGGGACAGAGUCUGUUUCUAUUGCUGGUGUGAAAGGGGGAUCCCAGGAUUUCACUUUGGUGGAAGUGGAUGUGAGCCUGGCUGGAAAUGAGUGGAAGAAACACCCUAUCGUGACUGGCCCGGAGGCCCCAUGUAUUUUGGGCAUAGAAUACCUUCGAAGUGGGUAUUUCAAGGACCCAAAAGGACUCAGGUGGGCAUUUGGGAUAGCAGCUGUAGUGACUGAGGGCAUCCAGCAAUUGAAUACUUUGCCUAGACUGUCUGAAAAUCCAUCUGCAGUAGGACUUCUGAAGGGAGAAGAGCAACAGGUGCCAAUUGCCACUUCCACAGUGCAUCGACGGCAGUAUAGAACCACUCGAGAUGCUGUGAUCCCCACCCAUAAGAUGAUCCGAGAGCUGGAGAGCCAAGGGGUGGUCAGCAAGACCCACUCACCCUUCAACCGCCCCGUUUGGCCUGUGCGUAA